GUUGCAUCAGUAUCGCAAAUAUCAGGGGUACUUUCGCUUGCAUUGUGGUUAUUUGCUCAAUUGCCUCAGGUAAUUGAAAAUCAUUUGAAUGAGUCUGUCGCAGGUGUAUCAAUCUGGUUCCUUGGUUGUUGGAUUGCAGGUGAUGUUACUAACCUUAUAGGUUGUAUUUUAACCAAAGCAUUACCUUUCCAAACGUGUCUCGCCUCAUACUAUUGCUUUAUAGAUAUCAUAUUAUCUACUCAAUAUUGGUACUACACUCGGAUUUAUCCUAAACAAAAAGUACACCAUAAUUUAUUACAAAGUCCAAAUAUGAUUAAGCCACAUUCUCCUCAUCAUUUAACUCAUCACCAUGCUAAUCCACAUUUGGUUAUUAACGAUGUGCAUGACUAUAAUUUAGAAGAUUUCAAUGUGGCAGGACGUCAAUCUAGGAAAGAUAGUUUCCUCCAUAAAAUAUUUUCUGGUUCCGUUGUUGCAUCCUUGGCUAAACCAUCGAACGCAAUGCCAAUUGCUAAUAAAGGUGGAUCAUCAAAAACAGGUACUGUGAUUACCUCGAUAUUGUCGUUCUUUGGUGCUAUCAAUUCAAUAAUCACUUCAAACCGCUAUAUUAUUGGUAGAUCGUCUGCAUGGAUAUGCCUGGCUCUUUAUCUUUCUUCAAGAACUCCACAAAUUUUGAAAAACUAUCAUAACAAGUCAACCAAAGGGAUGACUGUACUUCUAUUUCUAUUUGCCAUGUUGGGUAAUUUAUUCUAUACCAUCUCUAUACUCUGUGAUUUGUGCUUACUCUAUCGUCAUCAGGAUUCUUCUAAUAUUUUCAUUGAUGUCUUUUGGGCUCAAUUACCAUUCAUAGUUGGAAGCUCGGGUACACUAAUCUUUGAUUCAAUAAUUAUUUUUCAAUUUUGGUAUUAUAAAGAUCCAGUUAACAAUCUAAAUGACGGGUUUUUUGACCAUGACCUACAUAUGCAACGAGAACAACAAAAUGAUGAAAAUGUCAAUACUUCUUAUGAGCCAACUCGUUAUAAUGAAUCUUCAUCUUUAUUGAAUCAUAAUGAUAGAUCUAGAAUUGGCUAUACUAUGUCACCACCUCCUCCAAAUUACAUUUCAACAUCAGCAUGUACUCCAGAUUAUAACAAUAAUGGGACUACCAGAUCGUUUAUUUCAAAUACUAUAACAGCAUUAGCUAAGUCAUUAUCAAGGUCCAAUUCCCAUAUGCAUUUACGUUCGCCUCUGCAAUCUUCAUCGCAUUCAGGCUCAAUGGCCACUAACAAUACCUCUUUAAUUCCUUCAAUUGUUGGUAACCAUUCUUCUAUCUCAAAGAAAAUGAUGAAUGAAUCAAAAAUACCAUUCUCACCAAUUGAUUUCUUA